UUUGAGGUGGCAACUUUAAGUAGACGUAAUAGAAUCAAAGGUUAGAAUUAGAACAAUUUUUGCAUUUUUUACUAAUAAAAGAAUAAUAAAUAACAUAAUUAUAAUUACUGCAAUACUUAUUAUAAGACCAAAAUCCUUUACUAAUGUUGUCUUUAAUCGCAAAAAAGGCCAACACUGCCGUAUUGUCUCAAUUCACUAAAGGAGGCAAUAAUUUCAUGAACAACGUCGCAAAAAUGUCUCAACAGGUUUCUUAUGAAACCUUAUCAGUAACAGUGCCUACAGAAUUUGUUUACCAUGUAGAACUUAAUCGACCAAAUCAAUUAAAUGCUAUGAACAGAACUAUGUGGUUAGAAAUUGGAAAAUGUUUUGAAAAUUUGAACUUGGACGAAAACUGUAGAGCGAUUGUUUUAUCAGGAGCAGGAAAAAUUUUCACUGCUGGUUUGGAUUUCCAAGACAUGUUAACGCUUGCACCACAAUUAGCAGAACAUGAAGAUGUUGCUCGCAAAUCUAAAAUUUUGUAUCAGUUCAUUACCACCUAUCAGAAAUCAAUUUCUUGGCUAGAAUUAUGUAAAAAACCAGUUUUAACUGCUGUCCAUUCAGCUUGUGUAGGAGGUGGCCUUGAUUUAAUCACCGCAGCAGACAUGAGGUACUGCACUAAAGAUGCGUGGUUCCAAGUUAAAGAAGUCGAUAUUGGUAUGGCUGCUGAUGUGGGUACCCUUCAAAGAUUGCCAAAAGUUAUUGGUUCAGAUAGUUUAGUAAGAGAAUUGUGUUAUACAGCACGAAAAAUGCCCGCAACAGAAGCCUUACAAUCAGGAUUAGUUUCUAAAGUUUUUGAAGACAAAGCAAGUAUGAUUGAAGGUGUUAUUGGAAUAGCAAAAGAAAUUUCCAAAAAGAGUCCAGUUGCUGUACAAGGCACAAAAGUCAGUCUAGUUUAUUCAAGGGAUCAUACAGUUCAGGAAGGACUUGAUCACAUUGCUUUGUGGAAUCAGCUAAUGCUACAGAGUGAAGACUUUGCAACAGCAACAGUUGCUCAAGCUACUAAGCAGAAAGAUAUAGUUUUUUCGAAAUUGUGAAUUUAAAAAAAAAAGAAUAAAACAGGUGGGAGUA